UUGUUGGGAAGCCUGAACCAGUAAUCACUUGGUACAAAGAUGGCAAGAAGUUACUUCUUGAAAAUCGGAUGCUGCAAUCAUUGGAUCGAAAUGGUGGUGUACGGCUUAACAUUAUGAAUGUUCGUGCAAGUGACAGUGGCGAGUACUCGUGCGAAGCAGCUAAUGCACUAGGAAAAGAUUUGACUCAGUGCAACCUAAAAAUCAUCGAUACGACAACAAUCGCAGAGGAAUCGGUGCUGGAAGAAUUGCGAGUGUCUGUGGUUGAGGCAGAUUUGAAAGCGCCAGUAAUCACUCGUCCACUUAGGGAUGCUAUUGUUAAUGCAGGAAGCCAUGAACUGCUGGAGAUGGAGGUCGAUGCAUAUCCGAGGCCGUCAAUUGAGUGGUUUUUCAAUGGGAAACUGCUGGAGGAAAGUCUUACAGUACAAACAGAUUUCGAUGGACAUCUUGCCGUCUUGAAGAUCUCCGAGGCUCAUACAGAGCACCAAGGCCAAUAUCUCUGUCGUGUAUCCAAUAAAGCAGGAACUGCUGAGACACGGUGCAGUAUUGUAGUCGAAGAAGAAAUAGUGAAAGAAGAACGAGCACCAAAAAUGCCGAAGUUUGUGGAAAAGCUGCAAGAUGUGACAGUGGAAAAUGAGGGUGACACGCUAACACUCAAAUGCAAGGUUGUUAGUGAGCCGGAGGCCGAAGUCGUUUGGCUACUGAACGGUAAGGCAAUUCGACAUGAUGACGACAAUGCGCGUAGCCGCGUUUUUGACGACGGCAUUUGUGUGCUGGAAAUCCUUCGUGUCACAGCAGAAACGUGUGGUACAUAUACAGCUGUGGCGCAUAACAUCCUCGGCGAUGCGCAUACCAGUGCAGAAGUAUCGCUCGGUGCUACUGUACCAACAAAACCUGCUGUUGCGCCAUUCUUCGUGAUAGCACCUAAAGAACAAAUGGAAGUUGAGGAAGGCUCCGUUCUGUCGCUGGUUUGUGAUAUUGAUGGCGAGCCAGAGCCACGAGUGAGGUGGCUCAAGGAUCAGCGUGUGAUCGAAGACGCUCGAGUGGCAAUCCACAAGGACGGCAUUAGUCACCAGCUCAUCAUAUCUCCCGUCCUGCUUAACGAUAAAGCAAUCUAUACUGUUGAAGCUGAAAAUGAAAGCGGUAAAAUAGAUGGCACCAUUGAAGUGCUGAUUGUUCCCAGAAAAGAACCAGAACCGGCCAAAGAAGACCUAGGUAUAUUGCCACCUGAGGCUCCAGUCGGUGAGCCGUUUGCUGCAAAACUUUACAAAAACGGCUUGCUGCUGCGAUGGGACGCUCCCGAGGAGGAUGGAGGCGCAACGAUUGACAGCUACAUUGUUGAGCAACGAAGGCCUGAUGACCGUACGUGGACACAAGUUGGUCAGAGUCCAAAGACGGAAAUAAAAGUCGACGGUUUGCAACCGAAUACCGAAUAUUUGUUCCGUGUUGCUGCAAAAAAUAAGGCCGGUCAGGGAGCUUAUUCGCCAGUGUCAUCGGCUAUCAAAACUCUUGCAGCGGGCAAAAAGCCGGUAUUUACAAAGGUCCCACCGGCGGCAGUACUGAUUAGUGGCAGUGAAAGCGUCGAGCUUGUCGCUGAGUUUGAUGGUGAACCAGCACCGUCUGUCAAAUGGUACCACAAUGGCCGAGAAAUAGUUGGCACAAGGAACGAUGUAGAAAUUACGACUGCUCGGGGCAAAUGGAGCAAAUUGGUCAUCAGGGUUCUGGAACUGGACGUCCACGCUGGCCGUUAUUCGUGCCACAUCGAAAAUGAAUAUGGUGAAGCGGUGUGUGAAACAUGGCUUACCAAGCAAAAGAUAGGUUCGGCGGCUGAAGAUUUACUGGCAGCAGUAGAAACUGAAGUGAUGGAGGGCGCACCGCAGAUUGUCACAGAACUUUCGAACGAAACUGUCACAGCUGGACAACAAUUCAUACUUACCUGUAAAGCGCUUUCCACACCAAAAGGCGUCAUAUCCUGGUUCAAAAACGAUGAGCGAUUGGCCUCGGUAGGCCGUUAUGAAAUGCAGGAGCAGGAUGGUGUGUUUAAGCUUAUAUGCCAUCGUGCUCAAAAUAGCGAUAAUGCCACCUAUCGCUGCGUUCUAACAAAUUCCAUUGGUAUUGCUCAGUCAGCAUGCCAGGUAACUGUUGUCGAACGGAUGCCACUUAUGGCACCCAAAUUUGAAACGCUACUGACUGACAAGACAGUAUUAUCUGGAAAAGAGAUCAAACUAAAAUGUCGCGUAACUGGCGAUCCCGAACCUCAAAUAUUAUGGAUGAAGGAUGGUAUUCGGAUAAGCACAAGCAGUCACCAGAAGCUGGAGUUCACAGAGGACGGCUGGUGUUCGCUGACGAUUUUCAACUGCACAGCAAACGACACUGGUGUAUAUCUAUGCACUGCGCAAAAUCUACUGGGCGUUGAGAGCUCCCAGUCGAUGAUAACCGUGGCUGAUACUGCUGGGCCUGAUUCACAUUUGAUCACGGCAGAAGAUAAGCAAGUGCAGUACAGCAAGCCAAGAUUCACGCGUACGCCCGGUGCAUUGAUUGAAACCACUGAAGGAUCAACAGUAAAACUGGUAAGUCGUGCGAUAGGUCAGCCUACACCGCUUGUCAAGUGGCUGAAAGACGGAAAAGAGGUGACAAAAGUGAACCGUGCAUACGAGAUCCGUUUAACUGGAGAAGGCGAAUCGGUACUUGUUAUUGCUUGUGCUGUUGCUAAAACAGCUGGAACAUUCAAAUGUGUUGCUGAAAAUUGCGAAGGUUCGGAAAGCGUUGAAACACGACUUGUCGUACACUCCCAUCUGCACAAACAACCAGGAAAAGAACCGCCGAGCUUCACAACAGAAUUGACGGACAUGGGUGUUGCACUUGGACAUCCGGUAACGCUGAAGUGCUGCGUGCAUGGUGUUCCAGAGCCUCAACUUAAGUGGAUCUUUAUUAACGAUGCGCAGCAGACGACAGUGUUACGUUCCGCUGCCGAUUCCGCUUGGAUCGAAUGCCGUCGGGGCGAGACAUGUGAAAUGAAAACCGAAAGCGUAGUGAGCACACAGCAAGGCACAUAUCAGUGCGUUGCCUUCAACGAACACGGAACGGCCAUGACUCAAUGCUAUUUGCUUGUUGGAGAGCCGACCGAUCAACCAGCUGGACCGCCUCGCUUCCUGAAGUGUAUUCGUGACGUCUGGAGUCCGCUGGGUGAAAAUAUUGAGUUUGAAGUUGAAGUGAGCGGCUAUCCGUUACCGGAACUGACAUGGUAUCAUAUGGACGAAAGAGUUAUUGAAGAUAAAAAUGUUCAGAUCACAUACGUUACUCCAACUAAGUGCCAACUCAAAAUCACCAGCAUCGGCUUACGUCAUCUGGGCAGUUAUUCCGUAGAAGCGGCAAAUGUUCAUGGUAUAGUGCGAACAACUGCGUCACUCAAUGUUGGAAGGAAACGAGGCGAAGCGGAACCACCUAAGUUCCAUGAAGCAAACUGUUUACAGGCAGCAGGUCAACGUCAGAAGCCAUCACGCCUGGAUGUUAAGCGUAAAGGAGCAGCACCAGCAUUCCUGAUUGGUUUGGAAGAUCUUGAGCUACGUGAAGGUGACGCUGCUGCGCUGGCCGGAACCGUUGCCAAAAAAAGACGCCAUCGUAUUCUCGGAAGAGCGAGGGAUGAAAAACGAAUGGUGCAAAUUGUAGAGCCACCAGAGCUUGAUGCCGAAACUUCGAGCAGUUCAGUAGAGCCACAGAUCGAAAUAACAACACUCGAGGAAAUUCGCGCAUCGAUUGCUGAGCGAAACAAGAAUAUUUGUCGCCCAAAGUUCAUGGUAAAGCCAAAAUCAAAAAAAUCGAUCACGGAGUACAAAUCACUGCGCUUGAAAACGGCUAUCUCGGCCAAUCCAACACCUGUUGUUCGUUGGGAUAAAGCUGGAGUGGUUCUGGAAACGGGCAAUAAAUAUUCAAUCUACAAUGAUGGCGACUUCUAUUAUCUUGAGGUGCAUCAUAUGUCGAAAAUCGAUGAAGGCUUCUAUAACUGUACGGCUUCGAAUAGUGAAGGUUUUGUAACGAGUACAGCUGAAAUUGAAGUUAUCGGGACGGAAGGUAGCAUCAGAAGACAACGCAAAGAGCCUGCAGCACCCUCAUUCAUCGAAGUGCUUCCUGGCAAAUUAAAGGCAACAAAUGGUGAUCCGGUGACUGUGGAAUGCAGCGUGUCCGGUUAUCCGGCCCCAGCAAUACAGUGGCUUCGAAAUGGUGCCGAACUUACGCCGCAACAUGAUCGCUAUACCAUAUCGUAUGAUGGCGAAACAACGACCCUCAAAUUUGUCAGUAUUGCUACGUCUGAUACUGGGAAAUAUGUUUGUGUUGCGAGCAAUCAACAUGGCGAAGCUAAAACAGCAAUGCAGCUUGAUGUUGAACCGCGAAGAUUGCCACCGACUGGUGGUACUCCGCCUAAGUUCCACAUCGACAAAAGGCGAGAAGUUAUUAGGGCUUCAGACGGUGAUCGAGUUGUGUUGACUGCUGAUCUACUGGAAGGCUCGGAACCGCUGACAGUGCGUUGGAUACGCAACAGAAUGGAAGUGCAAGAUUCCAGUGGAUUUGCGUAUUUGCGGGAGGAGGCUAACUGCUCACUGAUUAUAGCAGAUGCGUUUCCAGAAGAUGCAGGAGUGUAUACAUGCGAGGCUAGCAAUGAAUUUGGUAGCGCCAAAUGUAAUAUUCGGCUCAUCAUAACAGAGCGAAGAAAGAAAAGCGUGUAUGAAAGUCCACCUGCUAUCAUCAACGCACCAACAAACGUGAGCGUUGAACCUGGAAAUGAUUUGAGUGUGUCGCUGACGGUUCGGGGCUAUCCUGAACCGGCAGUGGUUUGGACCAAAAAUGCAGCUGCAAUCUCAUCCGAUGAAAAACAUCAGGUGUUGUCUAAUAUGAGCAACAGUGGAGAAGUGUUCACAUUGACAGUCCUGAACUGCACUGGUGAAGAUGCCGGUAAGUACGAACUGCAAGCUAUCAACAGCUCCGGCACAGCAACAGCACUUAUCACCGUUCAGGUCACUGAAGUCACCAACUUGGAUGUUGUAUUGCCGCGAUUCACCAAACUGCCAAUUUCUGUUCAAAGUGCAAUUGGGCAAAAAACUACUCUGAGUUGUAAUUUCAAGGGCUUGCAACCAACAGUGACAUGGUUUCACGGCGAUGAGAAAUUAACAAGCGGUCGUCAUGGGAUUGAAAUAGUCUCAACAUCCACUUCCUCAACACUCUCUAUACUGCAGCUAACUGAAGAACAUCUUGGUGAAUAUCUGUGCACAAUCCGUAAUGAGUACGGAGAAGAUCUGGCAAAAGCUGUUAUCCUCCUUGAAGGUGCCAAUCUCUGUUUUGUUUUUUGUCCGUAUGUUCAAAUUAAACCCACACUUUUGGCAGUAGGCUUUGUGGGACUGAAAAUGUCAUUACUUAGAGAUAAUUAAUA